AUGGAGAGUGCCGAGAGGGACUCCCAGGAUCCCCAGCGGCCGGUGGUGGUCACGGCGGGGGGGGCCAGCUCCGGGCCGGGCGGGGGUCUCGGCGGCCUCCAGGUGCUCACCGGCUCCGUGCUGUCCGUCCUGAUUGUCUCCACCCUCCUGGGCAACGCGCUGGUGUGCGCCGCGGUGGUGAAGUUCCGCCACCUGCGCUCCAAGGUCACCAACGCCUUCGUGGUGUCGCUGGCGGUGUCCGACCUGUGCGUGGCCGUGCUGGUGAUGCCCUGGAGGGCGGUGUCCCAGGUCGCCGGCGUCUGGCUCUUCGGACGCUUCUGCGACACGUGGGUGGCGUUUGACAUCAUGUGCUCCACGGCGUCCAUCCUCAACCUGUGCAUCAUCAGCAUGGACCGCUACUGGGCCAUCGCCAGCCCCUUCAAGUACGAGCGCCGGAUGACGCGCAGGUUCGUCUUU